AUGGUAGCGGCCACUCUGUGUACGUCUUUCCCAGACACUUCGGCAACUGCUAUCAUCGUCCCUAGCAAACCCAACCCUCUUACCGUCUCCUUUGCUCAAUUGUCCCGAGAUAUCCUUCAAUUUCAGGCCCAGCUGUCCCAGCUCGGUAUCCGGCACGGCGAUGCAGUUUCAAUAGCGCUACCUAACAGUUAUGAAUUUAUCGUGUCCUUCCUCGCGACCUCCUACCAGAGAGCCAUUGCCGCUCCAUUAAAUCCCGCAUACAAGCAAGAUGAAUUUGAAUUCUACAUUGAAGAUCUCUCCUCCGCUGUGGUGAUUCUGCCUCACGGAGCAUUUGCUAAGAAUGGGCCUGCAGUGCGGGCUGCGAGAAAAUACCAGGCAGCUAUUGCCGAAUGUUUCCUCCAGGACUCGAAGCUUGUACUCGACAUCAAAGAGCAGGGCAAACUGGCGCAGCGGCAGUCCGAACCAGUAGCGCAUGCUCAGCCUGAGGAUGUAGCUCUGGUUCUACAUACCAGCGGAACUACUGGAAGACCGAAGGCUGUGCCUCUAAGUCACCGCAACCUCACCCGGACCAUGCAAAAUAUUGGCAAUACCUAUGAACUCUCGCCCAAGGACCGGACAUAUCUGGUAAUGCCUUUGUUCCACGUGCACGGGCUCCUGGCUGGGUUCCUUGCUCCUUUGAAGGCUGGUGGUUCUGUCAUUGUCCCUCCAAGCUUUUCUGCUCGAUCAUUCUGGGCCGAUUUCAUCACACAUAAAGCGAACUGGUACACAGCGGUGCCUACAAUCCACCAAAUCCUGCUUAAGAACCCGCCGCCAAAUCCCAUGCCUCGGAUCCGGUUUGUUCGAUCAUGCUCUUCUCCUCUAUCUCCUAAAACGUUCCGUGAGCUAGAACGAACAUAUGGUGCACCGGUAUUAGAAGCAUAUGCCAUGACAGAAGCCGCCCAUCAAAUGACUUCGAAUCCACUGCCACAUCGAGGCAAACGGCAACCAGGCAGUGUUGGCUUUGGGCAGGGUGUGGAUGUCAAGAUCCUCAACGACCAGGACAAAGAGGUACCUCAGGGUAUGGAGGGUGAGAUCUGUAUCCGAGGGGAGAAUGUGACUCGCGGCUACAUCAACAACGAAAAGGCAAAUAAGGAGGCCUUCACAUCCAAUGGUUUUUUCCGGACGGGCGAUCAAGGCAAGAAGGACGCAGAUGGUUAUGUCAUCAUCACUGGGCGAAUCAAGGAGCUGAUCAACCGAGGAGGAGAGAAGAUCAGUCCAAUUGAACUGGACCAUGUGAUAGCUACACUUCCUCAAGUGUCGGAAGCAGUCAGCUUUGCCAUUCCCUCGGAUUUAUUUGGUCAGGAAGUGGGAGUCGCGGUUGUACCUAAGCCAGGAAGCACCGUGACGGAGGACGCUAUCACAGCAUACGUGGCUAGCAAGACAGCCAGCUUCAAGAAGCCAAGCAGGGUUUGGAUUUUGAAAGAGAUUCCCAAGACCGCGACGGGGAAGAUACAGCGAAGGAAAGUGGCAGAUUCGAUGCUCGCCAAGGACGAACCACGACCUAGACUGUAG